AUGGCUCAAGGACCGCCAACACUCAACAUGGAAAAUAUCAACGAGCUGUGUCACAUCCUGGAGCACCUAGAGGCCUGCAUGAGCAGGGAGGAGCUGCAAUGUCUACUUGCCACAGACCAGUCUCGGGAGCUCUUGGUGACCAAAUACAGUCUGGACAGAAAUGAAGUGAAUGUGUUCUUCGAUGCCAUCUUCGAUGUGAAGGGGGAGAUCUCAGACACGUUGGAAGAACUGGAUAGGCGUCAAAAGGAGCUUAAUGACUGCAUUACAGAGCUGAACGAUGCUGCGGACAACAUUGACCAAAUCCACAAGAACUGCACGAUUGCCCAGCUGGUGGCCAAAUCCACCAGUUCAACCUCUGGAAUUCUGAUCACCCUGGGCUUUGCUCUAGUGCCCGUCACGGCCGGAGGGAGUCUGAUCCUCUCGGCAGUUGGAACGGGUCUGGGGACGGCAGCAGCCGUCACGAGCAUCGCAGCAGACGUCGUUGACGGGAAAAGCAGCGCAGCAGCCAAAGAGAGAGCCAUCAGCGGCACGAACCUCAACGGAAAGCUCCUUCAGAAUGAGGUGGUACAAACUUUGAAGGAGAAUAAGGUUCAAAUAUCUUCUGCUGUUCAUAAGGGUAGGAGUUUCAUCCAGUGUGUGAAGGCCAUCGGUGAGGCUCAAAAGAGACCUCGCUUAGUAGCCUAUGCCAGGCGGUUCUCCGCAAUGGGAAAUAUCGCCCAAAAUGCUAGCAGGAGGGGGAGGAACGUGCAGAAGGCCUUUGGGGGAACUGCCCUGGCUAUGGCCAAAGGAGCCAGGGUGGUAGGGGGGCUCACGGCCAGUGUCGGGAUUCUGAUAGACGCAGUCGCCAUCGUUCGGGAUUCUCAACAUCUGCAUCAGGGGGCAAAGUCAGAGACGGCAACUGAAUUGAGGAAGAGAGCUAGUGACCUGAGAGAACACAUAAAUGAGAUAGAUAAUAGGGAAAUCUUGCUUGCUAAUCAAAAGUUUCAAAGAGGCUAUAAACCGCUUCCUGUAGCUGAAAAGUAUUCCGUCCAGUCUAUGCUAAUCUGGUUGUGCCGGGUGACGUGCCUUUGUUACUUGGUGCUAACUACCCAACUUCCCUAA